ACCUCAACACCAGGCUCUUCCGAAUCCACUGUUUUUCGCAUAGACAGUAAGGUUUUUUUUCGGCAUCAUUCGAAGGCAAUAAAACUGCCUCCAGGAUUUCAUCAUAAAAGAUGUUCAGUGCUUCCAGCCCACAUGCUCACCCAAUGCAAGUUCUGGGGAGUCAGCGAAACCGACGUGGAGCCGUGUUGCUGGAAAAACUUCCGACAGCAUCAGGAUGAAGAGGAGGCGCUGGCUCAGUUCGAGCCGGAUGAGGGAUCCCCAGACUACAGCACCCAGGAGGGGGGACCGGGGAGGAUGCAGACAGCUUGCAUGCCAAAAAUGUGGGCCCUCUUUAAUGAUCCCCAUUCAUCUGUAGCAGCCAUGAUCAUCUGCAUUCUCUCUCUGCUCUUCAUCCUUAUUUCCAUUAUUUGUUUCUGUGUGGGGACCCAUAGCCACUCCGAACAGUGGACACUGGACAUUGAAGAUGGAAAUGAAACCUAUGUGGAUGCUUAUGAUAUUUUUCUGUACAUGCAUCCUAUCCGUGCUUUGGGUAUAAUAGAGCUUCUCUGCAUCAUCUGGUUCACCGUUGAGUUCUUGAUUCGCAUCAUCAGCUGCCCAAACAAGCUUAAGUUUGUCCUGAACGUCCUGAACAUCACUGACUCUCUGGCCAUCCUGCCCUUCUACGUGGAGCUGUGUUUAGGCUGGUCGGUCCAUGAGCUGGCGUUGAGGUUCCUGAGGUGUGUGCCCAUGGUGGCGCGCGUCCUCCGACUCCUGCGGAUCUUUAAGUUGAUGCGGCACGUGACUGGCGUUCGGGCACUGGGCCACUCGCUGCGUGCCAGCACCUAUGAGCUCUUCCUCCUGGGCGUGGCUCUCUCCGUAGUUGUCCUCGCAUUCUCCACCCUGGUCUAUUUCGCAGAGAAGGAUGAAGCAGACUCUCUCUUUGACAUUUCUUCGGCUUUAUGGUGGGCCGUGGUUACCAUGACGACCGUGGGGUACGGAGACAUGUGUCCACGCACGUGGCCUGGUAGGGCAGUUGCCAGUCUGUGCGCCAUGACAGGAGUCCUCUUCAUCACCAUGCCCGUCCCUAUCCUCGUCAACAAGUUUGCCAAGUACUACGCUCUGACAGAGGCCAAGCAAAGACAACAGACCAAGAGGAGGAGGGGUGAUGAGCACUCUGUGGGGGCCAGUGCCCCUGUCUGGAGGGGCGUGGACAACCUCCACAGACAGUGAGAGGAAACUAAGACAAACAGUGAUUUUACUGCUUGUUUACAAAACUACAUUACAUUCUAAGCCUAAUUCUUUUUCAAAUUUAGUG